AGGUCUGUAACCAGUUGAAGACCACUUGGUAGCUUGCAAGACCAAUCCACUGAAGUGCUGAUAGAAAAUGCAAUGGAAAUCUUCAGCUGAAGAGCAAAAAGCCAAUGGGUGGCUUCGGGGUGCUGUGGGUACGAGUGUUGCUGAAUAAUCGCUGGCUGGCAGCGACAUGACAGAGUAGAAGAUCAGCCCUACAUCUUAUACCAGUGAAACCAGAUCACAGGAGACAGUUGACAGCCCCAUUAAGCUUAUGCUUGGCUCAGCACAAGAGGACAGGCGAGAACCUAUUUUUGAUCAACAACACAAAACUGUGAUCACCCCAAUGUCACCGAAUGGCCACAGCUUGUAAAAGAUCACCAGGAGAACCUCACUCUGAAACCAUUGAAGCUAGCCGAAUGAAGCGAGCAGCUGCAAAGCAUCUAAUAGAACGCUACUACCAUCAGUUAACUGAGGGCUGUGGAAAUGAAGCCUGCACGAAUGAAUUUUGUGCUUCCUGUCCAACAUUUCUCCGUAUGGAUAACAAUGCAGCAGCCAUUAAAGCCCUCGAGCUUUAUAGGAUUAAUGCAAAACUCUGUGAUCCUCAUCCCUCCAAGAAAGGGACAAGCUCGGCUUACCUAGAAAACAAUUCCAAAGGUGCCCAUAACAACUCCUGCACUGACAGAAAAAUGAACAAGCGGGAAAUGCAAGGCCCAAGGGAUGACUUUAAAGAUGUGACUUUCUUAACAGAAGAAAAGGUAUAUGAAAUUCUUGAGCUAUGUGGAGAAAAAGAGGACUAUUCCCCUUUAAUCCGUGUCAUUGGGCGAGUGUUUUCUAGUGCCGAGGCAUUGGUACAGAGUUUUCGAAAAGCCAAGCAGCAUACUAAGGAAGAACUAAAAUCUCUUCAAGGAAAGGAUGAAGAUAAGGACGAAGAUGAAAAGGAAAAGGCUGCUUGUUCUUCUGCCAUGGAGGAAGAUUCGGUUGCACCAUCAUCAUCAUCCAGAGUAGGCGAUAACACACAGGGGGAUAACAACCUACAAAAACUAGGCCCAGAUGAAGUGUCUGUAGACAUUGAUGCAGUCAGACGGGUCUAUAACAGAUUACUUUCUAACGAAAAAAUAGAAUCUGCCUUUUUAAAUGCACUUGUGUACUUGUCACCCAAUGUGGAAUGUGACUUGACUUACCAUAAUGUGUACUCUCGAGAUCCCAACUAUCUCAACUUGUUUAUUAUUGUUAUGGAAAAUGGUAAUCUUCAUAGUCCUGAGUAUCUGGAAAUGGCACUGCCGUUGUUUUGCAAAGCAAUGAGUAAGUUACCCCUCGCAGCCCAAGCAAAACUGAUCAGAUUGUGGUCAAGGUAUAGCGCAGACCAGAUUCGACGAAUGAUGGAAACGUUUCAGCAGCUUAUCACCUACAAAGUCAUAAGCAACGAAUUCAACAGUCGAAAUUUAGUCAAUGAUGAUGAUGCCAUUGUUGCUGCUUCAAAGUGCUUGAAAAUGGUUUACUAUGCAAAUGUAGUAGGAGGGGAUGUGGAUACAGAUCAUAACGAAGAGGAGGAUGAAGAGCCUAUCCCAGAAUCCAGUGAGCUGACACUUCAAGAACUGCUGGGUGAGGAGAGAAGAAAUAAAAAAGGGCCUCGAGUAGACCCACUGGAGACUGAACUUGGAGUAAAAACUAUAGAUUGCCGAAAACCACUUAUCCCCUUUGAAGAGUUUAUUAAUGAACCACUGAAUGAUGUUCUAGAAAUGGACAAAGAUUACACUUUCUUCAAGGUAGAAACAGAAAACAAAUUCUCCUUUAUGACGUGCCCCUUCAUAUUGAAUGCUGUUACCAAGAACCUGGGAUUGUAUUAUGACAACAGAAUCCGCAUGUACAGUGAACGACGCAUUACUGUACUCUACAGUUUAGUUCAAGGACAGCAGUUAAAUCCGUAUUUACGGCUUAAAGUGAGACGUGAUCAUAUCAUAGAUGAUGCGCUUGUCCGGUUAGAAAUGAUUGCCAUGGAAAAUCCAGCAGACUUGAAAAAGCAAUUAUAUGUGGAAUUUGAAGGAGAACAAGGAGUUGAUGAAGGAGGAGUUUCCAAAGAGUUUUUUCAGCUAGUUGUAGAGGAAAUCUUCAACCCUGAUAUUGGUAUGUUCACUUAUGACGAGUCAACAAAAUUGUUUUGGUUUAACCCAUCCUCUUUUGAAACUGAGGGACAGUUUACACUGAUAGGAAUUGUCCUGGGUCUGGCCAUUUACAAUAACUGUAUUCUGGAUGUUCAUUUUCCGAUGGUCGUCUACAGAAAGCUAAUGGGCAAAAAAGGAACGUUCCGUGAUCUGGCAGACUCUCACCCUGUUCUCUAUCAGAGUUUAAGAGACUUAUUGCAGUAUGAGGGGAGUGUGGAAGACGAUAUGAUGAUAACCUUCCAGAUAUCUCAUACGGAUCUCUUUGGUAAUCCAAUGAUGCAUGAUUUAAAGGAAAAUGGAGAUACAAUCCCUAUUACAAAUGAAAACAGAAAGGAAUUCGUCAAUCUGUAUUCUGACUACAUUCUCAACAAAUCAGUGGAGAAACAGUUCAAGGCCUUUCGAAGAGGGUUUCACAUGGUAACCAACGAGUCUCCCCUAAAAUAUUUAUUUAGACCAGAAGAGAUUGAAUUGCUUAUUUGUGGAAGUAGGAAUCUAGACUUUCAAGCACUAGAAGAAACUACAGAGUAUGACGGCGGCUAUACCAGAGACUCUCUGAUUAUUAGGGAAUUUUGGGAAAUCGUCCAUUCAUUUACAGAUGAGCAAAAAAGACUGUUCCUCCAGUUUACAACAGGCACAGAUAGAGCACCAGUAGGAGGACUUGGAAAACUAAAAAUGAUUAUAGCCAAAAAUGGCCCCGACACAGAAAGGUUACCUACAUCUCAUACAUGCUUUAAUGUCCUUCUGCUUCCGGAGUACUCCAGCAAAGAGAAACUUAAGGAGCGAUUGUUGAAGGCCAUCACAUAUGCCAAAGGAUUUGGCAUGCUGUAAUAAAAUAAAUAAAAAUAACAAAAGGGAUAAAGAGAUUGGUGGUGAUGGUGUCCCUGUCCCAAAAAAUAAAUCAAGCCCCCAUAAAAGGCCAUAAGAUAUAACAAGCUACAGUAGUCACCUGUGUUUGUGCCUCCCUUCUUCACUUGGGGACAUUUGGGCUGGAACAGCAGAUUUCAGCUGCUUCUAUGAACAAAUUAUUUUCUUUUAGCGUGAAAGUGUUACAUAUUCUUUCACUUGUAUGUACAGAGAGGUUUUCCUGAAUAUUUAUUUUAAAGGGUUAAAUCACUUUUGCUUGUGUUUAUUACUGCUUGAAGUUGAGCCUUUUUUUGAGUAUUUACAAGAAAACAAAACUGUACUCUUCUCCCACCCCCACCCCACACAGAAAAUAUUGCCAUCAUUUGUAGAUCGUGUAACCUUUAAGUCUGUGCUACAUUUUUGUCCCAGUAAUCAAAAUCAGGAACUGUACUUUUUUGAACAGUUUUGCUUUUGAAACUUGAAGUCUUGCGGGGUGGGGGGGGAAAUGGUAUGAUGCAAUGACUGCUGUUCUAGCCCCCAAAGAAAUUUGUGG